AUGGUAGCCGCUGCUGCGGCGGUGCGGCCGGUGUCCCUCCGCCGCCUCGGCGCUCUCCUCCGCGCUCCUGUGCCCUGCGGCCUGACCACCUCCCGCGUCGCCGCACCCUUCCCCUGUCGCAUAGAUUCCAUGAAGAUUUCUCAACUCCAAUUAACAGCUACACGAUUUUCAAAAGAGAAUAAUUCUGACGAGGAUGACGAGCUCCUUUCUGAACUCAGAGAUAAGUGGGAUGCAAUGGAGAAUAAGUCCUCUCUUGCCUUGUAUGGUGCUGGAGCAAUCCUCACUGUCUGGAUAUCCUUGGUUGUAGUCAAAUCUCUCGACUCUGUCCCAUUGCUCCCAGGCUUACUGGAGUUAGUGGGGCUCAGUUACUCUGGAUGGUUUGUGUACCGAUACCUGCUUUUUCAGGAAAAUCGGAAAGAAUUGACCGAGCUUAUCGAUGAUAUAAAGAGAAGGAUUAUUGGCAAUGAUGAUUAG